AUGAGUUGCUGGAUGCCUGGGUGCCCAGCUCUCAGCAUGUGCCGGGGGUUAGCCACGCUCCCCAUCACUUGCCUCGAAAGAGCCAAGGAUCUGAAGACCCGCUUAGGGAUCCUGCUUCAUAAACCGGAGCUGGGACACAGGAUCGGAACCUCCAGCACGUUGCAGCUGGGCUCCAGGUGGAGAGACUCCUCACGAGAUGUACUUGAAUGGAGGGAGUCCUUUGACCAGCUCCUGAAGAGUAAAAGUGGGGUGACAGCCUUCCACACCUUCCUGAAGACGGAGUUCAGCGAGGAGAACCUUGACUUCUGGCUGGCAUGUGAGGACUUCAAAAAGACCCGGUCAAAAACCAAGCUGGCCUCUAAGGCCAACAGGAUCUUUGAGGAGUUUGUCCAAAGUGAGGCGCCCAGGGAGGUGAAUAUUGAUCACGAAACCAGGGAGAUCACCCGGAAGAACCUCUCGGGUGCCACCUCCACUUGCUUCAAUGAAGCCCAGGCCAAGACCCGCACCUUGAUGGAGAAGGACUCCUACCCCCGGUUUCUGAAGUCUGCCUCCUACCAGGACAUGACCAAGCAGGCCACCAGCUGUGGCAUCAGCAAGCGGUCGCAUACCUGACCCGAGCCCGAAUCUGCUGCGGGGGGACAAGCUGGGGGACCAGGCAGAGUCUGAGAGAUGGUUUGUGAGGGC